UCGGACCCGUCCGUUACCCGGGCAUGACAACCCUAAACCAACGAGCCAAAAGCAUUAAGUUGGUUCUACGCACUCCCGCCUCCCGUCGGGCAAAUCCCGUCGACGGGCCGCCAAAUGGGCAGCUUCUUGCUCCCCCGAAUGCAUGUCAACACUCUGAUCCGAAUUUUCCCUCGUCGUUGCACCGCCGCCGCUUAUUGCUUCUCUUCUUCUCUCGAGGCAGCACGGUCGCCGCUAAAGGUCGGCGAUGUUUUGCGCGAGACCCGGCGGUUCUCCGCCGGCGACGUUGCGGUGUACGCCGAGGUGAGCGGUGACCGAAAUCCGGUCCACCUCAGUCCCGACGUCGCCUUGCGCAUCGGCGGGUUCGAAAGAGGCAGCGUCGUCCAUGGCAUGCUCGUUGCGUCUCUUUUCCCAUCAGUCAUCUCCUCCAACUUUCCUGGAGCAAUUUAUGCCUCUCAAACUCUGCAAUUUAAGCUACCGGUCUACAUUGACGAUGAGGUGGUUGCUGAAGUGCAAGCUACAAACAUAAGGGAACAUAAGGAAAAAUACAUGGUGAAGUUCAGAACAAAAUGCUUCGGAAGUCAAGAAACUCUUCUUAUGGAUGGAGAAGCUAUGGCCAUUUUGCCUACUCUGAUACGUUCCCAAUAACAGUUUAUCUGACAGAAUUAUUGUUUGAUGAAGCACAUCAAAGGACUUCAUAUCAAAAGGAGCUUCAUAAUAUUUUCAUUAUCUCUGUGUUAGUUAUUGUUAUAAAUAUAUUAAUGAUUAGAUGUGAUCCAUCCAAGCUGGUAAGAUCAAUUCAAGGAUAUAAAUGAAGGAGCACAUGCCUAUAGUAUUUUCACAUUUCAAGGGGUGUUCUUUUUCAUGCCAAAAAUUAUGGACAA